AUGGAGUCUCACAUUUUGCAUUUCUCACACCUCACUGCUUUGGUAGUCGACAAUCUUCGGGACCAACAUGACUGGACAAACAUUCGAGUUCAGUCACCUGUCAACAACGUCGAUGGUAAUUUGCCCCGACCUGCUCUGAGCGGCCUACCCCCGCGCAGAAUCUAUGUGCACCCCGACGAGCAGAUCGAGGCCCUCCAGUCCGGACAACCUGUCGACACACAGGCUGCACAGCGGCCAGAAUUUGAGUGGGUUGUGCCAGUUCACAUCACUGAGAAGCUGUCCCUUCGCAAAUUCUCCGCUAUAUUCGACACUUUGGACGUGCUGCCACCUGGGACCGUAGUGCAACCGGCGGAGCGGGAUAUGCUGUCUUCCGGACGAGAUUGGAGAGGUGCUGCGCGCCACAAAAGGAUACUCGUGGCCGUCAUACACGCUGAUUCCACCAUAUCCUAUUAUCUUGUGCACGAUGGGAUUGUCAAGCCUCGGCAAAACUGA